GAAGAAAAUGUUAGGAAAAAGAGAGUUGGUAUUGAGUGGGCAGUCUGAAGUUGUAAAAUAGUCUCAAAGUUGUUUCUUUGUAAAGUAAAAUUUUUAAUUAUAGUUAUAAAAAGCGUAACAUGCCGAAACUUAAAAAUACGCUGGUUGAUGCCUGCGUAGUGGUUGGUGUGGACCAAAACACUGAAUUGAUUCACAUGUCAGGCGGCCCGCUUAUGAAUGCUGAACAUCAUGAAAAAUACGGGCCGUAUAAACAGAACGUGCUUGCCGUGUUCACAGAAAAUGUAGCUUAUUUUCCAGAAUCAACUGUGCAGAUUGAAGGUGAACCAUUUUAUGAAGACACACAAGUGAUUUGUCCAAAGGCUAUCACUCCCGAGGAGGGAUUAUCUACAUCCACUGCAGGUUACCGCAGAUCUGUUUCUUAUAAACCAGAUGCAAAAAGAGUUUUACCCUUCUCCACAGAGGUUAUUCAGAGCUUGCCCACUUUUUGCUUUCCAUCAGGAGGUUAUGUGUUUAAGAAACCUCAAGCACCAGAAGUUUCAUACCUAGUGCUGACGAACAUGGAGGGAGAGAGAACGUAUUCAGUGUGCAUUACAUGCACACGUCCUUUGAUGACCGUUGAAAGUGUGGAUGAAAAGGGAAAGUUUUCACUUUCGAAUGCGAAUGUAUCUGACUCAGCAUUUUGUACACAGGGAAAAAUGACCAUUGUUUACGUACCUAUGUGCAUCUGUUUGGUAUCAUUGUACCCAUAUAUCAAUGUGAUGAAGGACUGCUUGUCCUCGUUUUUACCACAAAUUACCGCUGACUCGUCAAACUUUUGGAGAUCGUUUAUGAAAUUAUCCAACAUUGUUACAUCGAUUCCAGUACCUCCAGCUGGCCCACUUGCUAUUAAAUUUUCUUUGUUUGGAUGCUGCCAUACCGUUUAUCCGGCAGACGAAGCUGAUCGACGUGUUGUUGAUAUAGACCUACAUAUUCCACUGUUGAUAUUUAACGCGGAAACAAUAGUAAAAGUGAUUACGUGCUUGCUUACCCAGCAACGCAUGGUGUUUAUGUCUUCGUCUUAUUCUUUACUAACGCUAGUAAUCGAGACAUUUUUGACAUAUAUAGAUCCUAUAAAAUGGCGUUUGACAUACGUGCCUGUUUUACCGAACAGUCUAGGAGACUUAAUCGAAGCUCCUGGUCCGUUCAUUAUGGGCGUUCACAGCUCUUUAAAAUGUCAAGUGAAACUAGUUCGUAAGCAGCCAGAGACGCCCAGUAUAGUGCUUGUCAAUAUUGACAAAGGAGAGAUCGACUACGGUGAGAAUAAUAAUGUUCCGCCCAUGCCUGAUAUUGUGGCCCAGUCUCUUUUAGUGCGUCUAAAGAAAGCAUCGCCACACUUUGAUUUAAAGCUUAUAUCGAUGCCUUCUGUAUUUUCAUACGAAACUCUUAUGAUGCAAAGGCUGAAUCUGGUAGAAGAUUUAAAGGCCGAAAUUAAAGAUACCUUCUUAGAUAUGCUUGUGAGUUUGUUUGGCGAUAUUUUUAAUCACAUGAAUUUCGGAGAACGAUUUUUCGAUAAAGAUGCGUAUCUUCAGUCGAGACACGAUGAUGAACGCUCGUUUUUUAUCGAAGUCAUUUCGUCUGAUUCGUUUGAGCGAUUCGUGGAGGAGCGAAUGGAAAAUCAUGAACGUAGAGAUGCGUUCGCGAUGUUGGGUGAACGAAUCGCUUCGCAACGAAAAUCCCCAUCUCGCAGUCGAAGCUCGUCGAUAAUUCAACACAUCAAGCAUUCGGCAAAUAUUUCCCCGAUAUUCAAUCGAAAAACUGAUUUUUUUACAAUACCAUUGUUUCUUGACGAAAGCAUAUCGAGUGAUAGUUAUUUUCGUAUAUACUUGAGCAGUUUAACACAACAUUUGGAAAAAAUCGAUAGCAAAUCGAUAACUUUAAAGGCCUCCUACUUGUAUAUGCGAGGAUUCGCGCAUAUUGCGUGUGGCCAACCGAUCGAUGGGUUGCGAGAUUUUCAUUCGCUCUACUCGUCGGCGCCUGAGCUGUUUCCAAAGGAGUACGCAGCUGAAGUAGUUAGUAAUCUAUCGCCGAAAGAUUUAGAUCAGCUUCAACGAGAAGCCUUUUAUAAGCAAACAGUGAUGUUCCGCACGUUUACCAACAAAGAAGAAAUCGAUCGAAAACGAAACGGGUCGAGAAAGUUACCAACAGGUCCGAUCAAUCGACACGAAUUCACGAAACGCGUUAAAACGCUUAAAAUUGCGGUCAGUUCAGAUUUAAUCGACUGGUUGUUUGAUACGCUAACGACAGAUGGAGAAUAUAUAUAUCCACAUCAAUUUACCCUAUUGUAUAAAGUGUAUUCUGAUAUCGAUAAACACUCGGAAAAUCGAGAAGUAUCGGGUGUGCGUAUUAAAACGAACGAUCGAAUCCUGCACGUUUCAUCUUUGAUUAGUAGUAUUUUUGGUAUGGGACGUCUCGUGUUAACAUCAAAUAAAUUGUUUUUUGUUCGCGAUGGCGCGAGAGAAUAUUUGUUGAUAACACCAUUAUGUGACAUCAAAGAGAUCAUAAAAUACCAGCACUCAUCCGUUUUUUGGACUGGUGUGCAAGCAUUAAGAAUCAUUAAUAGUGACCGCAAUAUACCUCCUUGUUAUGCUUGCUUAAAAGAAGAAAGAGAUGUGUGGUUGUUGUUUUUAAACGAAAUGACUGCCGCUCAUAAAUCAUCUAUAGCAAUGAGAGAUCCUAAAAUGGUAGAUCUAGCUGUGAAUAAUGUCCUUGUUGCGCGUGCCCUACUAGAAAUGAAUGUACCGCCUAAGACGGUAGAAGGUGGUUGUUUCUUUUUGAAACGAAAAGCUGCUGAAUGCGAAGGUUUAUCAGAAGAAACAAAAGAAGCGUUGGAGAUGCGCCUUGACCCAUGCGUGCGUGAGGCAAAACGCACGACAGUCAUGAGUAUCGCCUAUGUACCAGGUAAUACUGCGUUGAACGAAUCUGCGUCAUUGUGGUGCGGAAUGGGAUCGGGAGCCAUUAUGGUUUAUGAGACGGAUAAGUGGAACUGUGUAUCGGAAUUAAGGUACGCAAAAAACCGAAUAAGUUGUCUGAAUCUCGUGGGUAGCAAUCAAAUCUGGGCUGGCUCUUUUGAUUCUGUUAUAUACGUCAUCAAUACGGAAACCCGAAAAUCCGAACAGCAGUUGCAAAAUCAUACGGAUUUUGUAUCGGAUAUUAUUACACAAGUUAAAACAGAUCCAAUCUCUGAGAGGAAGACUGUUGUAUGGAGUUCGAGCUACAAUGGUCAGAUUGUUUGUUGGGACCCAGAAACACGAGAAGCGAUCAACUCGUUAAUGUUAAAAAAAGUCCGCACGCUGUCACAAAUCAUACUGGUGAACGACACGAGCUUGUGGUGCGUUACAAGCGAUAAAAUUUUAAUCGUUGAUAUUUCGUCAAGGGAAUGUCCCGUGCUACAAAAGCUUAUUGUAUACGACGAUUACCAAAUGCCUGUUCUGCUAGAAUAUGCAUUAAAAGUAAGUCCCACUGAAAUCUGGGUUGGCUCGAAAUCUAAAGGAGGGCUGUACGUUUGGAAUACCAAGAAGCUUACGCAUGAAACAGUGCAGCUGGAGAACAGCAUUCAAAUUUGUAGUAUGGUGGUCGCACAAGGAAGUAUAUGGAUAGGUAACAAAGACGGUAAAGUUGUCUUACUUACUCCAGACACGAGGAAGAUCGAACGCGAAUUACACGCGCAUACCGAUUUGGUGAAAAGUAUGUGUGAAACGCGGGAAGGUCACGUGAUAACCGGCUCGUCGUCGAAGGAGGGAAAGGUUUGCGUUUGGAAUUCCAUGAUGGGCUUUGAAGUUAUCGACGGUAAGAUGAGGCGCGUCAAUAAAAAAGCGUAUGAUUCUAUUCGAGAAGAUUAUGAAUUUGUCGAUCGGAAGUCCAAACUUCCAGAACCGAUCGAACAUUUCAAGUGAACUUCCCAUUGAUCCAAGAAGUAAUACUUAUUCACCCACGAGUAAAACACAUGUCAUAAGUGAAACACGUGAUAGAUAUGUUUACCUUCUCUUAAUGUGUUUGUUGUUGUGUUGUGUGUGUCAAGCAUGAAAGCGACGACGUAUUAAAAGGCUCUACUGCCCUUAUUUUCGCUAUUUGUAGAACCUAUUGUUCAAUUUUUCGCGAUAUUUUAUACUCAAGAAAGCUUGCUACAGUUUAAAUUGUUUAGUUUCUUCACUGCACGUGCAGUUCUUUCGGCUUAAAGUUACUAAACCUUACGUAACUACAAGUCUAAUCGUCAAAAGAAUUGUUUUCCAUUUGUAGAUGUUAAUUUUAAUUAUUUUAAAUAUUUUUUGAUAACACUUUUCCAUGUUAUUUUUUAGUAAUAAUAUUUCAAGAGAGUUUCGCGAGCGCAAGGCGAAUCCUCUAACAGUCAUAAGUGGUCCAAAUAUUUGUGAAAGUUUUUAUAUUUUUAUAAAACACACUUCUUUUUUUAAUAGGAAACAUACUUUUUGGGUAUGGAUGUUUCUUAACUUUAAAAGGGUCAAGCCCAUGUUCAUACCCUUAAAGUUCUUUUUAGCAAGAUCCCUGUCCAUCUUUUAAUUUACUUUUUUUAACUUCCUAAAUAUUUUGCGAGGUAACAGUACAAGUGAACUUUAAGUCUAUAUUAGGUAUAAUCUCAGCCUCAAGUUAAGAAACAUAUUGUGAUCUGUUUUAGUAAAACUUUUAUUUUUUAAAAACCAAUUUAAAAAAAGAAACAUAGUACUGUGUUAGGACAGCCCCUAAUUCUUGUUUAACUUCUGUACUGACUUUGUUUUCAUAAAAAAAGGUUUUUCGCAUUUGCGACACUUCACGUCCACAGCUUGUAUAUUUGUACAUCUGUAAUCUGUACAUCGGCCUUCAAUCAAUUUAGAUUUUUUACAUUAAAAUGUACAUAAUUUUUUACCUCAUUCCAGGAAAUUAAAAAGACACAAAAUUAAACAUCGUGAAAUUUACAUGAAAGGAAGUUAACGCGAUUUAACGCGAAUUUUUAAAAUUUAAAUCAAAUUUGUGUCUCGUUAAUUUUCUGGAAUAAGGUUCAUAGUUUUAAACUUCGCGCAUUUGUAUUACAUAAUUUGUAUAUAAUUUAUUUUUGGAAUAUAGUUCUACUUGA